AUGCCCGGCGCGUCGCCAACGGACGAGCAAGCCGACCAAAUGAAAUCGCAAAACCCCGAAAAGUCAGACGGCAGCUCACCAGUCGAUACUGAGACUGCUUCGAAGCAAACGCGCACAAGCUAUAACUCCCAAAACGAUUUUCAGGGAUACCGCUUCCUCCCGUUCCCUCCUCACCCACCAGCGGAUGGCCAGACCAAGGAAUCCAUGGCGCCUACACUUGCUGAUGAAGAAGGCUUCCACUUUAAAAGGCCAGACGACAACACGUUCUCCGGUAUCCAGGGCGAUUCCAGUAAGCACGGCUCUACCGGAAGUCCAGCGGGGAGUCCCUUUGGUAAACGGCAUCGAGCUACUACGCAAGAGUGGGUAUCCGCAGUCUCCAGGCUGUUCAGUCCGGACAAUCCUGUAUCUUCACCAAUACCAUCCGCGACUACUCCAUCAACGGAGGACGCGACGCAUGACGUCACACUACAAUACGAUUUCCUGGAAUGGGUCAAAACAACCUUUGAGCUAGAUGACAAGGAUAUGAUUCUCAUCGCAGUUAAUUUGCGAAGAGUGCAUUCUUCAAUAGCUCUUCUGGUUUCCGAAGGCUACCGUGCUGGCGAAGCGAUUGCUGAGGCCAAGGCCGCCAUCAAGAGCAUCAGCCAACAGAUGGCUAAGCUACAGCAAGCAAAGCUCGACGAUGAAGACCAUGAGAGAGCUUCCGAGGCCGCCUUAACAGAGCUGAGUACUUAG